CAUGUGUGUUGGUGCUCCUAGGGCGCAUGCGAACUGAGGCCCAAAGGGGAAAGCCUUCCACACAGAUCUAAGCCAGCUGCCCUGAUUUAAACACUUCAUUGCAAGAAGAGUGGAAGAGAGGGGGAACCCGAAUGCAUCCCCCCUACCAGUGUGCUCAAAGUACACUGGGAAAGCAGCUGCCAGCUCUACAAACAACAGACGAGCAGCUACAGAUGGUAGAUUUAGACGUUUGCUGUUAGGUGGAAGCGUUUAGGAGUCCUUCUGCCUCACAUUGACAGGACUGAGAGGGCACUUGCUGCCCUGAGAGGGGGGUGUUCCAGCAAACUGACCUCUGGGGUUAAGCAGAAUCAGUUUGUGUGAAGCCCUGUGAAGGAGGGGAGGAGGGAACAGGCAACGGUUAGUGGGAGGUGGGAGGCCACAGUGGGGCUCCUGCACUGCUCAAGAAGGAGACGAAGCAGUCGCCGGAAAGCGGGGAAAGAGGAGGAGAUGGCCACGGGAGAAAUCACAACACUUCCCUCCACACCUGAAGACGGCGGCAGUGGCGGCUUUCCUCCCGGGAGCUUUAAGGAACCCAAAAGGCUGUACUGUAAAAACGGGGGCUUCUUCUUGAGGAUAAAGUCUGACGGGGGAGUGGAUGGGAUCCGGGAGAAGAACGACCCCCACAUAAAGCUUCAACUCCAGGCGACCUCAGUGGGGGAGGUGGUCAUCAAAGGGGUUUGUGCUAACCGCUAUCUGGCCAUGAACAGAGACGGACGACUGUUUGGAGCGAGACGAGCAACAGAUGAAUGCCACUUCUUAGAGCGGCUUGAGAGCAACAACUACAACACCUACCGCUCCAGGAAGUACCCAAACAUGUACGUGGCACUGAAGCGGACUGGCCAGUACAAGUCUGGAAGCAAAACUGGACCGGGUCAAAAGGCCAUUCUCUUCCUUCCAAUGUCUGCCAAGUGCUAGUCUGGGAUCUGGUUGACAGAUAUUAAGGUCUUAUUGGCAGCAACAAUGAAGAAGAUGUGACGGCAAUGUAGACAAAGCGUUCCAUCAACAUUGCCCAAAAUAGCUGUGAUGCUUUCUGACUGUUAUAUCCUAAGAGUUAGUUUUUACCCUCAACAUGUCUGCUCUUACUCAGUUUCACUUUCAAACAGUGCUACACAUUCACACCUGGCUGCUUCCCAGAAAAAUAUACCAGACAAACCAACUGCUAAACUAGGGCAUCUAACUGGAGCCAGGCGUCUCGUUCAAGUGCACCCCUACAGCAUUAAUAGUUCAUUUUACCCACACACAUCUCCCCUCUCUGGCUGAGGGAUUUAAAGCGGAAACCUUCUGAUCACGAGUGUGCUUCCUACCGCUCAGCUUCUGACUGCGCAAGCUGCCGUCUGAGUUCAGCUGCAAGAUGUAGGUCAGAGCAGAAUAUUAAUACAUGUCUCCUAGAUACAAGGCUUUCAGGAAAUGCACUCAAAUCCCACAUUAUUGUAACUCGCAGAGAAGGGAUUGAACUGAAUUUCUGAUCUUGUGAUACAAAAUGUUUGACAAAAUCAAAACUAAGCGCACUAAACACACUAAAAUCAAAACCCAAGCACUACUUAUACGUUAUUUUCUACUUUACACUUCUCAAUAGCUUACUUUAAAGGACCAGUGUGUGGGAACUCCCUCGCUUCGCUCUCUGUCGAAAUACCCUAUCUAGAGCCAGUGUUUGGUUUGUCCCUUCUGUGCUACUGUAGAAAGAUGGCAGUUCAACAUGGAGAACUUCAUGGAAAGCUUCUGUAGAUAUAAAAGGCUCAUUCUAAAAAGGUAUAAAAAAAACAGGACGACUCCUGUUUUUAUGUGAUUAUACACUAAUGAAAACAUACCUAUGAAUAUUAUAUUCUAUUUGUGACAAUAGAUCCUCCUAAAUGUUACACAGUGACCUUUAAUGGGUACAGAACAGGUUUCCUGAGCUUCUCUUUUUCUGAUAGAACUGCGUUACCCUGUUGUAAGUGUAUAGUUUGAGAUUUCUAAAAAAGUCCAAGUUGCAUGGCACUGGAGCGUAACUUAUAAAUACACUAAUUGUUGUCAAUAAUGCUUAAUUCAACGACAGAAAAGCAGUCAACAAAAAUAUGACUUUUCUUAACAGUUUUAACAAGGCAGCCAAUAUUAAUAUUGCAGCAACUAGCCACUACCAUUAGCAGUCAGCUGAAUCAGUGGUUAGCUUGUUAACAAGCUGAAAUCUCAAUACUGGUCACAAAAUGACCUGUUCCCAGUUAAAAGUACAGCAGAACUGUACCUUUAAAAUCAGCUGCUUGCAGCCACUGUUGCCCGACAAUAGUGGAAUUCCAACAUGGCCGCCAAAAAGUGUUGUCACGCAGGUACCACAAUUUUAUAAAAACCAAAAAAGUGAAUCUUGUAGUUCACAGUAUUUAACCGCAUUUCUGCAACAGUAACAGUGAGUGUGUGAAACACACGGCAAACAUAAUUCCAGUCAUAAAUACACUUUAAAUAUGAGUUAUACUGACAACCAUGUGUCAACAGAGCUAGCCAUGAUAUGCUAACCCCAUCAGGUCUGAUGACGGGUCGCUAGGAUUUUAGUGUCGGAGGAAGCUGUCUGUGGUAAAGCUGGUAAAACAUCCCAGAGUAGACAGCGGGGAGCUCCUCCAUGGUGAGGUCGAUCUCGUGGAAGCCCCGCUCCAGGCCGUGAAGAAGAAGCCUGGCUACGCGAGAGGUGAUGGGCGUGGUGUCGCCGGUCUCGGCCAGCUCGGCGAGGUCCAGCCACUCGCAGCGCAGACACUCCUGAGUGCAGAAAUUGAUGUCGUAGCUGAGCGGGCCGAGUCGGCAGAUGAUGUACAUGUCCGACAUGCCGAAGGCGCCGGGGUGGUUGUGCUGCUGCCGGAUGCUGAGCAGGGACCUGAACUCGGAGCGAACGCCGGUUUCCUCGAACACUUCGCGAACGGCAGUGGCACCUGAGGGAGAUUUAUAUAUUAGAAAUAAACGCAUGUGGAAGCAUUUCAAAGAUCCUGACAAAAAGGAAUAUAUUUGUGUUCCUAUGUCAGAGUCACCUUGCAGACUGAUAUUCAGAUGUGGGAAAAAGGGAAAAUACAUAUAUUUUUUGUAAAGACAAACAUUUGACGCUGCUUUUUUGGGGUGGGUCAUGUGUAUAACAUUAAAGCUGCUUCUGAAGUGUUUAAAAAGGUGAAUUUGGAGAUAUAAUUCUUUGCGUAUAUAUCGUGCAUUAUUUUGAACAGUUCGAAUGAAUGUAUCACCUUUAAGCAUAAUACUACAAUUGAAGGAUUUAGCUAGAUGUACUGUAUUAGUUUUUUUUUUGUUUUUCUCUGUUGAGCGUGACACUCACCGAUAUUCUCUCCUGGAUCAGACAAGCCACCGGGGAACUUCCAAGCAUUCUUUGUCUGAAAUACAAGAGCAAAGUUAAACAACAAUUGCGAUAGAUGGCACUGCUGUAAAUGUAUCUUAGAGUAAUAUCAAUGUCAAUCUUAAAAUCUGCCAAUGCCAUCCCGUGGCUCUAUCUUACAGCGUGGCAGCAGUUGUUUUAUUUGAGAUAAUAACAGUAAGUAGUUGUUCCAAGGAUCAUCUUAUGUAUCUGAACUAAUAAUUAUACAGGCAGAGAGAUGUUUAAUGCUCUCAUCUGAGCGUCCUUUCAUUUUAUGUUUUAUAUUUAGUGCCUCACUCUGGAGACUUCUACAUUUGAUGCGGUGAAGUGUGUCUUCCAAAACUGUUUCACCACUUAUCCUUGAUAUUUAAUAACAGUAUGCUGCUGGAUAAAUUAUGAUGUCAGUGUUGUGUAUAUAUUUUUGUAGUUACUUAAAGAAUUUUGUAUACAGCGCUUCUUUUUUUUUUCCAGAAAUGCUACUUCAUCUUAUAUUUUCCUUAUUUUGCAAAUCCUCUCUUUGUGAGGACCACAAAUGCACUACAGCAUUUAUUUUCAUGUAUUGUCAACAAAAUGCUAUAUUUUUUGGAGCUGUUUCUAAAAUGUGCUGGAAGGAAAGAAAUAAAGAGAUUUUGUGUAACUCUAA